AUGAAUACACCGAAUUCGGCACCAUCAACAACGCCAUCCUCAUCAUCAGUCACAACCUCCGCCACAGGAGGUAUCGGUUUGGAACAGUCAUCGUUAUGUCUGGUCUGCAAAGCCCUCUUUGAUGGCUUAGCACCACGGAAUGAGUAUGGAGAAGUGCAUCACUACGGCCUAGAGGCACUCUUCACAUCGGCAUCGAGGGGUUGCCAUCUAUGCUUGACGGUCUCACAGUCGAUAGAUCCAGAGUCAUUCAAAUCAUUCCAAGCACGGCUCCUGAGGGACAACAAAGUGGAGAGCUGGGGCUUUGCAGCCGUCAGCCCGAUUGCAAGGGACCAAGCGAGGAUAAGGUUUAGGUAUCUGAGGACCCAGCGAUCUGACGAUGAGGUGUUCGAAGGCAUGAGCACUUCGGAGAAGCGGAAGACAAGAAUGAACAUGACUUCGCCUGGAACCAGUAUGGACUUCAAGACGCUCAGUGACACCAGUGGCAGCAGUGAGAGUGGUAGGGCAAGACGUGAGCAGAUGCCGAUCUUAGUGGAGCUGAUUCUGAUGAACCCCAAGUAUGCAGUAGAGCCUGGUGUUCGCCGGAUAGGUCUCGAGUCCAUCCAUACCGGCUCAACCGAAUCAUUCGACAUCGCACGCAAGUGGAUCGACGAGUGCAUGUUCAACCACAUGAAAUGCUCCGUCACCGAAGGCGCCGGUCCCAUCUGGAAGCCUACUCAUCUACUCGACGUGUCUGUCAAAGGUCCGAAAGGCGCACAGGGUAUCAAGCUCGUCGAUGCCAUGUUCCUGGACGAGUUCACCGAGUAUGUGACGCUAAGCCAUGUUUGGGGCAGGUCGAAAGCCAUUCGAUUACACAAGGGUACGUUGAAGGCUCUGCGUCAAGGAGUCGCGGCUUCAUCUCUGCCCAAAACAUUCGCGGAAGCCGCGAUGGUGGCAGACAAGCUUGGCUAUCGCUAUCUUUGGAUAGAUGCGCUUUGCAUCAUGCACGACAACGAGCAAGCUGUUCUGAAGGAGAUCUCGCAAAUGGAUAAGAUCUACUCCUCGGCCUCGCUCAAUAUCGCUGCUACCUCGUCUCGCGAUGAUACAGGCGGCCUGAUCUACCCACGUAACGUCAAGGCCCUGCAACCUUGCGUUGUGGAUGUCAACGGUGUGGGCGUUGCCAAUGGCAUGUACAAGAUCUUACGGUCGACGGUGUGGCACGACCUAGUCGAUACGUCACCACUAGGCAAACGAGCCUGGUGCUUUCCAGAACGCUGCCUCGCCAAAAGGACAUUACACUUCACUCGGACGGAACUUAUGUGGGAGUGCCAGCAAAUGUGCUGCAGCGAAGUAUUUCCGAAAGGUCUACCAGCAACAAUGUCUGCUCCCGCCGGCCAAGACGGGGUCGAGUUCUUCAACAAGCGCACACACCACCAACGCCACGGCAACUGGCACCAACUCGUCAAGCUCUACUCACGUGGCCGCAUGAGCUACACCUCCGACAAGCUGCUCGCGGUAGCCAGCCUUGCUCGCCAGUACAUGGUGCGCAACCGCCUUCGAGAAGCAGACUACAUCUGCGGCCUGUGGAGACCACAACUCCCAGCCGCAUUACUCUGGAGGACAGACAAGGGCAAACGCCCCGUGAAGUACCGCGCACCGACGUGGUCAUGGGCAAGUAUCGAGGGCGACAUCGUCUAUCCGGAGAACCCAGCCCAAGGCCCCGUUGCGGCGUCGAAAGAGACCUGCCUCGAGAUCAUAUCGACCGAGCUGGCGCACAAAGCAAACGAUGUCUUCGGACAGUGCGAGUCCGCUCGCUUGAAAGUCCGUGGCUUCAUGGCUCGUGGCCUUCUGCCUCGAACGCGCGACUACUGGGGCCAGACGCCCUGUGAGAUCCAGUGUAAGCAGGCAACGCUCGAGCUUGAAUCCGCAUGGUUCGACGAAGACCUGCCCAAGCUAUCCGAUCCAAGCGCAGGCGUAGGUAUGAUCGAGCACUUGCAGAUCUACCUACUCCCGGUAGUCGACGUGAUGGAUCGCGUGGAGGGACUGCUGCUGUGCUCGAAUAUCAAAAGAGGAGAGUUCAGGAGGAUAGGGCAGUUUGAAAUCAGUAGGUAUGACCAGACGAAUUGGGACAAGUUCAGGGCCGUGAUGAAGGGCGAUCCAGACAUGGGGAACUUUGAGGAAAGGUUGGAUCAUACUAAUGGGUAUUGGUUCGCGAGUGAUUAUACUUAUGGGAUCACGCUGGUUUAG